AUUUUUUUAAGUUACUGAAGCAGAAUUUUUAAAUAAAAAACUUUAGUAACUUGCUGUUACGUGUAUUAGCCGUUAGAGGGCGCAUCCCUCCGCGUUGCCCGUUGUGCGGCGGAAGCAGGAAGUAGGAAGUGCUGCACAGCUGUGCUCCGUGGCUAACACAGAAGCUAACAGGCUAAACUCGGCGGUGGAAGUACGAGGCUCCGCGAACCAAACAAGACCCCGUCGACAGCGACUUUGACUCUCGGAAUCUAACAUGGGGAAGGGCGGAGGCACGUUCGAGAGGCUUCUCGAUAAAGCCACCAGCCAGCUGCUGCUGGAGACUGACUGGGAAUCCAUUCUGCAGAUCUGUGAUCUCAUUCGACAAGGCGACACACAAGCUAAAUAUGCUAUUGGAGCCAUUAAGAAGAAGCUGAAUGACAAAAACCCACAUGUGGCUUUAUACGCACUGGAGGUACUUGAGUCAGUAGUGAAGAACUGUGGCCAGACAGUCCACGAUGAGGUGGCGAGUAAACAAACCAUGGAGGAACUGAAGGAUCUGCUGAAGAAACAGACUGAACCAAACGUCAGAAACAAGAUCUUGUACCUGAUCCAAGCCUGGGCUCACGCCUUCCGCAACGAGCCCAAAUACAAGGUCGUCCAAGACACUUAUCAGAUCAUGAAAGUGGAAGGUCACGUGUUCCCGGAGUUUAAGGAAAGUGAUGCAAUGUUUGCAGCUGAGAGAGCCCCAGACUGGGUUGAUGCUGAGGAGUGCCACCGGUGCAGAGUCCAGUUUGGAGUCAUGACAAGGAAGCACCACUGUCGAGCCUGUGGCCAGAUUUUCUGCGGCAAGUGUUCGUCCAAGUACUCCACCAUUCCGAAGUUUGGCAUUGAGAAAGAAGUGCGUGUCUGUGAGCCCUGCUUCGAGCUGCUCAACAACCACCCGACCCUCUCUCCUCCACUUAGGAAAGCCGAAGGGAAAGCCCCGUCCACGGGCCCUGCUGAACUUCCUCCCGAGUACCUGACCAGCCCGCUGUCCCAACAGUCACAGAUGCCGCCCAAGAGAGACGAGGCCGCGCUGCAGGAGGAGGAGGAGCUGCAGCUGGCCAUUGCCCUUUCCCAGAGUGAGGCUGAGGAGAAGGAGCGCAUGAGGCAUAAGAACUCCUACUCAAUGUAUCCCAAAGCUGAUCCCACCCCAGUGACGUCCUCAGCACCACCAGUCAGCACCCUCUACACUCCUCCUGUGAACUCCUCUGCUCCAUCAGCUGAAGAUGUUGACCCUGAGCUGGCCCGUUACCUGAACAGAACAUACUGGGAGAAGAAACAGGAAGAGGCUCGCAAAAGUCCCACCCCGUCAGCCCCCGCCCCUGUGCCACUGGCCGAGCCCCUUCCACCAAUCAGCCAGCCUGUAGAAACUCAUGUCCCUGUCCAGCCGGUCAGCAUAGUGGAGCCGCAGUACCAGAACGGGGAGUCGGAGGAGAACCACGAGCAGUUCCUGAAGGCUCUGCAGAACGCUGUCACCACCUUCCUUAACCGCAUGAAGAGCAACCACAUGCGCGGGCGCAGCAUCACCAACGACAGCGCUGUGCUCUCCCUCUUCCAGUCCAUCAACAACAUGCAUCCACAGCUGUUGGACAUCCUCAACCAGCUCGAUGAGAAACGAUUGUACUAUGAGGGGCUGCAGGACAAGUUGGCUCAGGUGCGUGACGCUCGGGCAGCUCUGAACGCCCUUCGCGAUGAACACCGGGAGAAGCUGCGUCGUGCUGCAGAGGAAUCAGAGAGGCAGAGGCAGAUCCAGUUGGCACAAAAACUGGAGAUAAUGAGGCAGAAAAAACAGGAGUACCUGGAAAUGCAGAGACAGCUGGCCAUCCAGCGCCUGCAGGAGCAGGAGAAGGAGAGGCAGAUGCGCUUGGAGCAGCAGAAGCACACAAUCCAGAUGAGGGCCCAGAUGCCUGCUUUCUCUCUGCCCUACGCCCAGAUGCAGUCUUUGCCCCCCAAUGUGGCGGGAGGGGUGGUGUACCAGCCUGGUGCUCCACCCAGCUACCCAGGCACCUUCAGCCCUGCUGGUUCCGUGGAGGGUUCACCUAUGCAUAACAUCUAUAUGAACCAGCCGGGGCAGACUGCGCCUCCACAGUACCAGGCCAUGCCACCAGCCACAGAUCCGAAUAUGGUUAAUGCGUACAUGUAUCAGGCUGCGGGCACAAAUGGUCAGCCUCCUCCUGGCCAGGCUCCACCCACUACAAGUCCACCCUACUCCAACUAUCAGCCCACACCCACACAAGGCUACCAGAAUCCGGUCUCUCAGGCCCAGAGUAUGCCUCCCAUGUCCCAGGCUGCCCCCACGAAUGGUAUGGGUUAUAUGGGCUACCAGCCCUACGGCAUGCAGAACAUGAUUUCAGCAUUGCCAGGACAGGACCCCAAUAUGCCCCCACAACAGCCGUACAUGCCAGGCCAGCCGCCCAUGUACCAGCAGGUGGCUCCCCCCGGUGGCCCGCAGCAUCAGCAGCAGCAGGCGCAACAACAGCAGCAGCAGCAGCAGCAGCAGCAGCAGGCCCCUCAGGUUGUGCCGGGCAGCGCGGAGGCACAGCUCAUCUCCUUCGACUGAAAGCCCACAUGCUGCAGUGACACACUACACCCUCUCUCUUCCUUUGGUCUUUCCCCUCCCACCUCUGGACUCUGAGGAUGCUCUCUGGAAACACAUACAUACACACACACACACACACACACACACACACACACACACACACACACACACACACACACACACACACACACACCUACACCUCCUACCUUCCACCUAGCUGUGAUGUUGUGACAACGUAAAAUAUUGUGAUGACAUCGCGGAACUGUUGCCCUCCUUGCCUCUCCCCCGCUGAAGAAUGGGAGCGUAAGGUGAAGCUGCAAGAGAGGGCUCCAGAACCCAGACCCCUCCUCCCCUCUCUCUCCCUCUUUCUACCUGACAUGUAUGUAGUACGUCCUUAUUAAAUAAAUAACUCAGAAAUAGUCAGUGGUAUUGAAGUUAAACAUGAAUAUGAAAAUAUUAAAAUUGAGGAUAAAAAAAAGAUAUAACCAUCCUUCGUCCAAUAUUUUUUCUAAAACAAACUUUGCAUGUUCAAUUUUAAUUCUUUUCUGGAAAGGAAGUUAACUCUUGCAGUUUGGGGAGUGACAUAGAGACACCUGUAUGUGCUGUUAUGAAAAGUUAUGGGUGUGUGGAUGAAGAAUAAUGUCUUGGGAGUGAAAGCACAGUAAUGCCUGAGAUAAAUGGCACUAACUCUCAUCUCCGUCUGGUUCACAGUUCGACAUUCCAGUAGUAGCUUUCUGUUUCAUCCGUUCUAUGAAAACAGACAACACACGACUUAUCUUGUUUUGACAUUCAUCUGUUGUGCACUGCUUGGACCCUUGAGUGUCUUAAUGUUGUUUUCGGAGAUGAUGUAACAGGGCAGGGACUAUACAUUGUGGAAGGAGUAUUAGAAAAAGUAGCUGGAUGGUUUGUUUAAUCCUCACUAAAUAUACUUUCAUAAUUAAAUCCUUGAAAUCAAACGACUAGAGGCUAUGAGCUAUACAUACUAAAGCAGUCCAGCAACACUAAGAAGCAUCCUGCAUCCCUUUUUAUUCAAAUAACUGGUGUUGCUGAACAUUAAUUACCAUGAAGAACAUAAAGAAGCAUAGGCUGCUGCAUCCUGUCUGCUUUUUAAUCACAGUUGAGGGUAUCUACAUAGUAAGUACAGGUGGGCAUUCUUUUUUUUAAUUUUCCCCCUCAAGUGUACUUUGAUCUCUAGAAGUGCAAGGAUGAUUGCAGGGUGAACAUGAUGUGCUGCAUGUAUGUUUCACACACCCAAUCAGUGAUUUCUGUAACCGGUCAGUUGCCAUUUGUACUUCUUUAUUCCAUCAUUCUGAUCUGUCUGACUUUAAAGUAAUUUUAAAAUUAUAUUUAAUAAAUAUCUGGUUCUGAUUGUC